AUGGAUGCCGAUGUCGACGCCGACACUACUGCCAAUGCAACAACUCCAGCCGAACCUCAACAGGUGUCACAGGCCAAAAUGUCGCAGGCUGCGGAAGGGCCAGAACAACCCUUUGUACAGGGUGCCCAGGUCACGGAGCAAACGGCCGGGCCCAGUCCCGUAGGAGCGCCUCCUAUGCCUCAUGCCACCCUAUCACAAGUGCAAGACGAAGGACUCAAAAACCUCAUGAUGGCUUGCGAGCAAACCAGAACAGGAGCUCAUAACCCAGCUGAAAGUACAGUAACGAAAGUGGCAGGUAUUUUUUCUGCGUUUACCGCUAUCCUGCACUGCGUAUAUCGAAUGAAGCGCAGCGACCCCAUUGGCGGCCUCACCCUAAUCCCUAUGACUUCGUUUGGUCUAGAUUCUGAAUAUCAUUCUCAUGUCUAUCUGCCUCCUCUUGCUUAG